UUCCCCUAUAGUUACAAGGGUUCCCUGACCAUGGACCCCAGGAACAGUGCCCAGGAUGUUGUACGCUGCACCCUGUGUCAGGACUCUGUGGCCCCCAUGUACUGUGAAGUCUGUCAUAUACAUCUGUGUAAAGACUGUGUAGAGACACAUUUAUCUGAUUCCUCUAAAGUUCAUAAAGUGGUGUCACUAAAACAAUAUUUAACCACUUUGAACAAUCCUAAAUGUAGAAAACACCAUGAAAAACAAUGUGAACUACAUUGUGAACAAUGUGACAUUCCUAUUUGUGCAAAGUGUAUUUCCUCUGGAAAACAUUCAGGACAUAAAAAAAUUGACAUUUUCCAAAGUUUUGAAAUAAAAACAGGAAUUUUAGGAAAAGAUUUGCAAGAAUUAGAAAAGUUCAUUUAUCCUAAAUACAAAGAGAUUGCAUCCAACAUCACAGUGCAGAAAGCUGAUCUGAGUAAAAACUCCCAGAAAUUGACAACAGCAAUUGACAAAAAAGGAGAAGUCUGGCAUAGAGAAAUAGACACCAUUAUCACAAACCUGAAAUCUAACGUGGAGGAAAUGGAAUCCAAACACCUGCCAAUCCUAAAUAAACAGGAAAAUGAAAUCACACACACCAUUUCUGAAAUAACACAGACCAUUGCUGAACUUAAGAAGCUACUAAACUCCAAAGAUGUCUGCCUUGUCUCCGAGUACAAAUCCAGGAAUGCUGCAUUCAGAAGAUUGCCUCCUAAACUCAAAGUGUCCUUACCAAACUUUAGGCCUCAGGAAAUCCACACAGAUCAGCUGAUCAAACAGUUUGGUUCUCUGUCAGCAUUAUCUUUUACAACAGAGGAACAAGACUACAGCAUGCCGCCCCAGGGAGCCGAGUCCUCUCCCCCAGACCGGUCACUGAUGGAUGUACCUCGGAUCAUCACAGAUAUAGACACAGGGUAUGAACGUCUAUACGGUGUGACGUGUCUGAAUGAUACAGAAGUAUGGACGCGUGGUAGUAACAACAUAAUGAAACUCUUCAACCUCCAAAGGGAACAAGUGGAGUCCAUCCAAACCAAGUCAGGGAACAUUCCAGAGGACAUAGCAGUGACAAGGAGUGGAGAUCUAGUUUAUACUGAUUACGGUAAUAGAACUGUGAACAUAGUGAAGAAUAGACAGAUACAGACAGUGAUCAGACUACAGGGGUGGAAACCUCGCCGUGUCUGUAGUACCUCCUCUGGUGACCUCCUUGUUGUCAUGAACAGUGAUGAUAAACAAACAAAAGUUGUGUGUUACUCUGGCUCCACAGAGAAACAAAGUAUUCAGUACAACGACAAAGGACAACCUCUCUAUUUAUCUGGUAGAUGCAUCAGUGAGAACAGGAACCUAGAUAUCUGUGUGUCAGACCUUGGAGCCGUAGUGGUGGUCAAUCAGGCCGGGAAACUCCGGUUUACCUACACUGGUCCUCCCUCUACUACCAAGAAACCAUUUGAUCCACGUGGCAUCACAACAGACAGCCAGGGUCGGAUCCUGACAGUAGACUAUUGGAACCACCGUAUCCACAUCCUGGAUCAGGACGGACAGUUCCUCCGCUACAUUGACAACUGUCAUUUACAGUAUCCAUGGGGUGUAUGUGUGGACACCAGAGACAACUUCUUUGUGGCUGAGUUAACAACAGGUAAAGUGAAGAAAAUCCAAUAUUACAUGUAAAUAAAUGAACUGUAUAACUCAGAUGUAAACAAAGCGUAUAAGUAUAGAUUACAUACUGUGUGUAGAUAUAAUGUAAACAAACUAUACACAUUACAUGUCAUCAUACGGUGUGUAGCAGAUUUAAACAUGCUGUGUGUGGAUA